ACCACUGUGCCGGAAUUUGAAGAAACAUCUGAGACAGAUUUUGAACCAACCCCUCUGCUACAAAUUGAAGGAACUAUAAAAACCACUUCUAAACCCCCCAACAACUUGAAGAAAGCACACCCACGCUUCCCCCAGCUCCAUCUAAAAUCCGCAGAAGACGCUGCUGCGCUGAUGAUGAUGGCACGGACAGCAUCGUAUGUUCCUAAAACAGAUCUAAUGCCAUCAUUCAGCCUUGGCUUGACUGAUUCAAGCCAAGAAGAAGCAGCAACGCAGGAGGCAGACAGGGCAAAAACUCCAGAAACUGCAAAUUUGCUAGAACAAUUAGAGGAUUUGGUACAAAAAAUAGCAAGCAGUGCGGCGAAAGAAGAAAGUAAAAGUCCACAAAUUCAAAACGAGACUGGCGGAGAAAGUUCUGGGAAGUUUGAAACUCCUGCGGGAAUAAAUCAGAAUACGGGUGAUAUGAAAGAGAAGUGCUACAUCUGGGGGACGCGAGUGAAGACAUACGCAGAUGGCAGUACUAACGAGUUUGACAACGUAUGCACUCUGAUUGCCCAAGAUAAAUACAUUUUGUCUAGAAUGCACCUUGCAUCGCUCCAGGCAGAAAGUUAUAUAGAAGCUGAGGUAAUAUUAGAAUAACAUUAAUGUUUUUACACCAAAGUUAACUGCAUUGUUUAUUAAUGUAAAUUGAUUUCGGCAUA